AUGUUAAACAACAACAAAGUGUACCCGACCAUAAUAGUCCAAGGCAAAAACAAAAACUUGGCCCGUAACGUUGUAAGAACAGCAAAGUACAACAUCUUUACUUUCAUUCCAAAGUUUCUUUUUUUUCAAUACAAACAGCUUACCAAUGUGUACUUUCUGGUCAAUUUUAUUAUCUGUUGUAUACCUUUUUUAUCUUCGGUCAUUCCUAUAACCGCGGGUGUUCCAAUUGCAAUCAUUCUUAUUAUUGCAGCCACAAGAGAGUUACUAGAAGAUGCAAAAAGACAUUUUUCGGAUAGAAGAACAAACAACACAAAGUACACUGUUUUACAAAAUGGCGUGGUUACACAAAUUGUUUCCAAAAAUAUUUGUGUUGGCAUGAUCAUUAAAUUAAAAAAAGAUGAUGUUGUUCCAGCCGACAUAAUACCUAUCCAUUCAGCACAUAAAGAUGGAGUGUGUUAUUUUGAUACAGCAGCUUUAGACGGUGAGACAACUUUGAAAUCAUCAUUUGUUCCAGAGCGCUUUGUUAAUCUUCAGGAAAGUGACCUGAACUCCUUUACUCCUAUAUUGGAAUGUGAAUAUCCUCAUCCGGUGUUUAAUAUAUUUAAAGGCUUCUUUUCUUUGAGUGGAGACAAAAUAAAAACAGCACUUAACGAGAAAAACAUGGUGAUGAGGGGUUCAGUAAUGAGAAGAACUGAUUAUCUGUAUGGUGUUGUUUGUUACACAGGAAAGAACACAAAGCAAGCCAUGAACUCUUCAAUACCACAGAACAAAAACAGUGGGUUAAAUGUCAAAUUGAAUUACUUGGUAAUUGCAGCAAUCAUUUUUCAAUUAACGCUCUGUACUAUCAUGGCAAGUUUUUCAACGUGGAGACAUGGAAUUGUGACCACAGAAAAUGGGUUUUGGUAUCUUAACAAAGAAGGCUACACUUUGAGUCAACCAGUCUAUUUCAUCAAAAAGUUUUUUGGCUUUUUUAAUGCGACAAUUAACAUGGUUCCAAUAUCAUUAGCUUCUUCAAUUGAAAUUACUCGAUACCUUCAAGGCAUUUUUAUAGAGAAAGAUGACGAUUUCAAAGUGUGUAAAAAAGACCAAGAAGGCAAAGAGAUUGUUGUUGGCAUGAAGACGAAUUGUAGUGUUCUUAUCGAAGAAAUGGGAGAGGUGGAAUUUGUGUUGUCUGAUAAGACUGGCACUUUAACAGAAAAUCAAAUGCGAUUUUUGAAGUGCAGUGUUGGUGGAAAAGUGUACAACACAAAGGAUGGAAUAAUAGAUGUAAAACAAUCUUACCAACACGAUAAAGGAAUAGAAGAACUUUUUACAUGUCUUGCAUUGUGUAACUCGUGUUCUGUUGAGACUCAAAAUGAUAAAAAAUCAUUUUGUUCUUUGUCUCCUGACGAGGAAGCACUUUGCGAAAGUGCUUCUUUGAAUGGAGUUGACUUAAUCAGUCGAACACAGAAUGAAAUAACUAUUACGAGAAAUGGUACUAUUGAAAAGUACACAAUAAUAGUCACAAUUGAAUUUAACAGCUUGAGAAAGAUGAUGAGCAUUUUACUUGAAAAUGAUAACAAGUACAUUUUAUACACCAAAGGUGCUGAUAGUGCAAUUGAAAACCUUUUGAGUGAAGAGUCAAAUCAGAUCAAAGUUACAACACGGAACCAUGCAGAUGCAUUUGGACAAAUUGGGUUACGUACUUUGUUUGUAGCAAAGCGUGAAUUGAGCCAGAACUUUGUUGAAGAGUGGUUACUUAGAUUUAAAGCAAUUGAUCCUCUUGCCACAGACAUUAAAGAGCAGCAAAGAAAGAUGUACAUGGAAUUGGAAUGCAAUUUGACCUUAAUUGGAGCCACUGCAAUUGAAGACCAAUUACAAAAGAAAGUUCCCGAGACAAUCAGUUUAUUAAAAAAUGCUGGACUUAAAGUGUGGAUAAUUACUGGAGAUAAAAUGGAGACAGCAGUUAGUAUUUCUCGUUCGUGCAAUCUUUUUACAUCAACUCAAGAAUUGAUUUAUUUUUCACAUGAAAGUGAAAGUGAAUUUGUGUCGCAUUUGUCAAUAGAAAACUCUCGUUUGGAACAUCUGGAAAAGCACGACGACACCCAGAUCGGUGUUGUAAUUUAUGAGAAAAACAUUGAUUGGUUUAUUAACCACAAAAAAGACUUCAAAAAGCUUGCGGAGUUUUCAUCCAGUGUUGUUUGUUGUCGAGCAAGUCCAAAACAAAAGAGUGAAAUUGCCAUUGCAUUAAAAGAGAUGACAAACAAAAAGUGUUUAACUAUUGGAGAUGGGAUGAAUGAUAUUCCCAUGAUAACUAAAGGAGAUGUAGGUGUUGGAAUAUAUGGUAAAGAAGGGAACCAAGCAGCUGUUUCUGCAGACUUUUCAAUACACCAAUUCCAUCACUUGGGUAAAUUAGUACUAUUCUAUGGAAAGAAUGGUAAAUACCAGAUAUCAACAUUGAUUAAGUUCUGCUUUUACAAGAAUGCAGCGUUCUUUUUAGUUAAUAUGUUCUAUGCUUUUAUAUCCAACUUUACUGUUCAAUUGUUACACGAUGAUUGGAUUAUUACAUGUACAAACACUUUUUUUACUACACUUCCACCAAUUACAAUUGCACUUUUCGACUAUGACUUGACUUGGGAUGAAAUCAAAAAGUAUCCACAGAGUCAUAAAGAAAGUCUUGUCGACAAAAAUUAUUCUUUAUUUGCGUACAUCGAAUGGUUUGUGUACGGAGUUAUACAAGCGGGAAUCUUUUUUUCAUUGUUUUAUUUUGUCAUCAAUGGCACUGAUGUUACAUUCUAUGGAAAGGUGAAUGGGUUUACAUUUACUUCGGUAUCACUGACAACUUGUAGUCUCUGUUCUAUAUGGGUCACUUUAUUCAUUUACACAAAACGGUUAAAUAUAUACGUCUUUGCAGCUUUUAUAAUAAGUGUAAUACUCUAUGCAGUGGUAUACACUGCUGUGAUGUUUAUACCAAACAUGUCAAAGAUGGGGAUCUCAUCAUAUGGGUGGAUAGUUGUUCUCCAACAACCAACAUUCUAUCUAUUGUUAAUAGUAGCAGUGUCUUUUGCUUCACUACCACAAGUUGUGACCCAUUAUGUGCAAAGAACACUUCACCCAAGCAACUAUCAAAUUAUUCAAGAAAACACCAUUUUAUGUAACACAAAAAGCUUUACUUUCAAAGAAAUUGAAUUAGAUGAUAUCAACACCAAGCACGACAACUCUGCGAGCUUCGAUAAUGAAUAA